AUGUCUCAAGCCGUGCAGACGAAUGGGACGCAACCUUUAAGUAAAACAUGGGAGCUCAGUUUGUACGAAUUGCAAAGAACGCCUCAGGAAGCAAUCACCGAUGGCUUGGAAAUAGUGGUGUCACCCAGGAGCCUGCACAGUGAACUGAUGUGUCCCAUCUGUUUGGAUAUGUUAAAAAACACCAUGACGACAAAAGAAUGUUUGCAUCGCUUCUGUGCUGACUGUAUCAUUACAGCCCUCAGGAGUGGCAACAAAGAAUGUCCCACGUGUCGUAAAAAGCUAGUUUCAAAAAGAUCACUGAGACCAGAUCCCAAUUUUGACGCUCUCAUCAGUAAAAUUUAUCCAAGCCGAGAUGAAUAUGAAGCUCAUCAAGAGAGAGUGCUAGCAAGAAUCAGCAAACACAAUAACCAGCAAGCUUUAAGUCACAGCAUUGAGGAAGGAUUAAAGAUUCAGGCUAUGAACAGGCUACAGAGGGGCAAAAAACAACAGAUUGAGAAUGGCAGCGGAGCAGAAGAUAACGGCGACAGUUCACACUGUAGCAAUGCCUCAACACACAGCAAUCAGGAAGCGGGGCCUAGUAAUAAGAGGACCAAAACGUCGGAUGAUUCUGGGCUAGAACUGGACAAUAACAACACAACUGUGGCAAUAGACCCCGUAAUGGAUGGUGCUAGUGAAAUCGAAUUAGUCUUCAGGCCUCAUCCGACCCUCAUGGAGAACGAUGACAGUGCGCAGACGAGAUACAUCAAGACCUCAGGCAAUGCCACCGUUGAUCACUUGUCCAAGUACCUAGCUGUGAGAUUGGCUUUGGAGGAGCUUCGUAGCAAAGGAGAGUCAAACCAGAUGAACCUUGACACGGCCAGUGAGAAGCAGUAUACCAUUUACAUUGCUACUGCUAAUGGGCAGUUCACUGUAUUAAAUGGGUCAUUUUCCUUGGAACUGGUCAGUGAGAAGUACUGGAAAGUGAACAAACCCAUGGAACUGUACUAUGCGCCAACAAAGGAACAUAAAUAAGCUGUGCUGGAAAACUGAGAUGGGACUAACUUUUUAUAGCUAUGACUUUAAUAUUAAAAGAAGGCACCACCAUUAUCUUCAUGGACAAUACAUGUGAUGCCUUCAGGCUCUCAGUAUACUUAUUAAUAUGAUUAGACAGUAUUCUGGGUUGUAUUU